AUGGCGCUCUACGAAUACCAGCCAACUCUUGUUGGGGCCGGCAUACUCUCCUCCAUCUUCUGCGUCUUAACCGCUUUCCACGGUUGGCAGCUGGUCAGAAACAGGACAUGGCAUAUGGUUGGAUUUGUUACAGGGGGUGUCCGUGGGUUGAGCCCUAUCCACCUCUCCAAAAAUUCAAAGCUUUGUCUGAUCGACAGUUCUUCAUCAGUUGAGCUCGUCAGCUACGCUGCCCGAGCUGCUUCCGCGACACAGAAGAAGGAUCGGUGGUCCAUGGAACCCUAUCUCAUCCAGAGCACAUUCCUUCUGGUCGCGCCCACAUUCUUCGCAACGUCGAUCUACUCAACCUUCGGGCGCAUCAUAGCGGUGACCGACGGUGAUGCUUACGCCCUCAUCAAGAAACGCUGGGUCGCCAUCUUCUUCGUGCUGGCGGACGUGUUUGCCCUGUUAAUGCAGGCGGUUGGGGGCGGCCUCAUGGCCAUGGGCUCCACGGACCCUACCAGGUUCAACUUGGGACAGCACACGAUCGUCGGCGGCCUGAUCGUCCAGCUUGUGGUAUACUGCCUCUUCUUCGUUUCCGUUGCCACCUUUUACCGGCGCCUGAGCACGCUCCCCUCGGCCAAAAGGCAGAAACACGCGCGCAUCGAUUGGCACCGGCACUUGACUACGCUGUUCGUGGUUAGCAUCCUCUUGAUGGUUCGCUCGUUGUUCCGCAUCCUUGAGUAUGCACAAGGACAUGAUGGAUAUCUGUACAGACACGAAGCGUUCACAUACGUCUUUGACGCUUUGCCCAUGGCCCUUACCAUGGCGUACACGAGCUGGACGUAUCCCGUUCUCCGAAGGAAGGAAAGAGGAGGAAUUCAGCGCUUUCACUUAGCCAGAGUUUCUGGAGGAGCUGCGAGUCCACGGGAGAUUGGCUCCCCAGCGCGCGAGACGGCCUGA